CCGAGGCGGCGGCGGCAGAGGGAGGGCAGGGGCAGCCCGGCCGCGCACCGGCUUUUGGGGGGAGGUCGCGGCCCCGCAGCCGCUCUCGGGUGGGGGGUCCCCGCUGCCCCCGCGCACCAUGGCCGGGCUCCUGCCGCUGCUGCUGCUCCUGCUGCCGGCGGAUCCCUCCUGGGGCUCCAAGGACAAGUGCUCCACCAAGAUGUACACGACGAGCGGGGAGUGCUGCCGAGCCUGCAACCUGGGCGAGGGGGUGGUGCAGCCCUGCGGGGUCAACCAGACCGUGUGUGAGCCCUGCCUGGACAGUGUCACCUUCUCGGACACGGUGAGCGCCACGGAGCCCUGCAAGCCCUGCACGCAGUGCCUGGGGCUGCAGAGCAUGUCCGCGCCCUGCGUCGAGUCGGACGACGCCGUCUGCCGCUGCUCCUACGGCUACUUCCAGGACGAGGCCAGCGGGGCCUGCCGGGAGUGCCGCGUCUGCGGGGUGGGCUUCGGGCUCAUGUUCCCCUGCAAGGACUCGCAGGACACCGUGUGCGAGGAGUGCCCCGAGGGCACCUUCUCCAGCGAGGCCAACUUCGUGGACCCCUGCCUGCCCUGCACCACCUGCGAGGACAACGAGGUGCUGGUGAAGGAGUGCACGCCCGUGUCGGACGCCGAGUGCAGGGGUCUCCACCCUCGCUGGACAACCCCCCCCCCGUCCCUGGUGGGCUUUGAGAGCCCCGAGCCCAGCACCAGGGAGCCCCUGAGCCCCGAGGGGGUGCCCAGCACCCCGGCAGACACGGGCACCACCGUGGUGGGCAGCUCCCAGCCCGUCGUGAGCCGCGGCACCGCCGACAACCUCAUCCCCGUCUACUGCUCCAUCCUGGCCGCCGUGGUGGUGGGGCUGGUGGCCUACAUCGCCUUCAAGAGGUGGAACAACUGCAAACAGAACAAGCAGGGGGCCAACAACCGGCCCGUGAACCAAACCCCCUCCCCGGAGGGGGAGAAGCUGCACAGCGACAGCGGCAUCUCCGUGGACAGCCAGAGCCUGCACGACCAGCAGCCCCCCGGCCAGGGCACCCAGGGGCCAGCGCCCAAGGCAGACGGGACCCUGUACGCCAGCCUGCCCCCCGGCAAGCAGGAGGAGGUGGAGAAGCUGCUGGGCAGCUCUGCCGAGGAGCCCUGGAGGCAGCUGGCGGGGGAGCUGGGCUACAAGGACGAGCUCAUCGACUCCUUCACCCGCGAGGAAUCGCCGGCCCGGGCCCUGCUGGCCCACUGGUCCUCCAAGGACUCGGCCACCCUGGAGGCCCUGCUGGCCGCCCUGCGCAGGAUCCAGCGCGGGGACAUCGCCGACAGCCUGGCCAGCGAGUCCACGGCCACCUCGCCCGUCUGAAGGGUGGCCCGGGGCGGCCCCGCGGGGAGCCCUCCCCCCCCCGGGCCCCUCCAGCCCUCCCCGGCCCUGGGGGGGAGGGCAGGGGGGCAGCGGGGCCGCCCCGGGCCCCCCCGGUUGGCAGCUCUGAGGGCACUGAGGGCACUGAGGGCACUGGGAGCUCGGAGCUCCCGGGCUCGGUACCGGCCCCUCCCGCCACUGCCAUCCCCUGGCAGCCCCUGAGGGGGUUUUUUUGGGGGGGCUCAGCCCCUCUCCACGCCCAAAUCCCGUCUGCAGCCCCCUGAGGCUGGAUGGAGGCUGGCUGGAUGGACAGACGGACACAGGAGGGAGCAGCAGGCUCCCAGCCCUCUCCUCUCUGCCCCCUUCCAGCCCUUUCUCCUUGGGGCUCCAAGUUCUUGGGGCUCCAAGUUCUCCUCGGGGCUCCAAGUUCUCCUCUUCCUCCUUGGCCCAGCCUCUCUUUCCUGCUCCCCCAAAAUCCAGCUGCCUCCCCCCCAAACCGCGGGCGAAGGGCAGGGAUGGAGGGAACUGGGGCUGCUGUAGCAGCAUUUGGGGGCUGGUCCUACCAGGGGGGACCAGCAGCCCGGGCUACACUGUGAAAUUUGGGGGGUGCAGCCCCCCCAGGCUCCAGGGGUGUUUGGUCCCGGUGAGGAGCACCCGGAGCAGGUUUUGGGGGGAGCCCCGGGGGGGCUGCAGGGGACGCUGGAGCUCCCAUGGACACACUCCAGGGGGGACACUGAAGGUCUAAAGGGCUGGAAAAAGUGCCUGCCUGCUGCAGGGCCGUGAUAAAAGGGCUGUGCUCAUCCUUCCCCCAUCCCAGUGUCCCUGGCAAAGCCACCCUGGCACCAUUGCACUGGCCCUCCCGGCCCAGGGACCCGCUUGUAAGGGCUCCUCCUCCUCCAGCACUGUGCAGGGGGCUCAGAACUGCCCCUGGGGUCCUUCAGCAGGCACUGCCCACCCUCCUGCCCCCCUGGGUGACCCCAGCCCCUCCCUGUGCCCCGGGGAGGGGACAGCGCUCACCUCCCUCACCUCCCUCACCUCUCUGGAGCUGGGGGGGUGGUUUUUUUUGGCAUAUCAGCUCCCAGCCCACCCCUGGGGGAUGCUGGAGAACCUCUUCCCCCGGAGCUGCCCCCGAGGUCCCGGGAGAUGAUCCCAACAGAGCCGUGACCUCCUGCCUGCCCGGAGCACCAGGAGGUUCCCACGGAGGAAGGACUGCCAGGGGAGCAGCCCCUCCUUCGCCUCUGGGUUCAUCCAGAGACUCCUUCCUGAAGGCAGAAGGUGAUUUUCCUCCUCUCCUCAAGGAGAUAAGCGAGACUUGUAAAUACUGUGGUGUUGUUUUCCUCCCUGCUCGAUGUUCCCACGUGUGACACGGGGUGACGAUCCCACCCAGCCCUUCCCUCUUCCUCAGCCUGUCCGCCUCCCAGGGGAGCAUUCCCAGCCCGAGCCUUCGGUCCCACCUUGUUUCUGGCCUUAAAGACUCAACGGGGAUCAGCAAAACACCCCAAAAGUCACCGCAGCAGGUCCGUGACAGACCUGGGAAUGUGGAAGGAUUUGGAGCCGCCGGGAAGGGAGGGAGAGCUCGGUGUCUUCUGAAGGGCUGGGGCCUGCAUGGAGGGGACUCGAGCCCCCAGGUCCUUCAAAAAGCUUUGUGGGAGCUCUUCAGAGGCUGGAUCCGGGUCUGCAGGAUGGGAUAUUCCAGGACAUUCCACACUUCCUGCCCUGGGGCAGCAGAGGAGCGAAGAUCCCUCCGGAGGAGCAGCCC